AAAAAAACAUAAUCGGGGAGCAAAAGGCCGAAAAAUAUUUUGACAUGCCAUUCUCAUUCUCCCUCCCUAAUGAUUCUUUCCUGAAACCAUAUUUUUUCAAUCCUGUUUCCAAUCUUCAUUUUCCUCUGUUAAAAAUCCCAAAGCCACCCUCCCUGACGCCGCUUGCUCCUCUUCCUCCUCCCUAAUGUGAUUAGAGGUUGAUGAGGAUCAAGUUUAUGGAGGAGAAAAGAAGGUUGGUGACGAGUUGGAAUGGUUACAUAAUUCUGGUCAUAUUUUCUCUCAGUUAGCUCCAUGUUUUGUUUGUGGUGAUAUUAGCAAAUGCUAUGGUUGGUCCUCGAGUAUGGCUAGGAGGGAUAUUUAAUCGCUUCACCAGACGUACUGAAAAAUUCCCUAAUGACAAUCCACAUCUGGAACAAAGACUCACACGACUUCAACAUCGAGUGAAAACAUCUUUUGAUGAAACCCGUCGUGAUCAUCAAGAGGCCCUAAAGUCAUUGUGGAGUACAGCCUUCCCAGAUGUUCCUUUGACUGGAUUGAUCUCGGAGCAGUGGAAAGAAAUGGGAUGGCAAGGUCAUAACCCAUCAACUGAUUUUAGGGGAUGCGGCUUUAUUGCACUAGAGAAUUUGCUGUUUUUUGCUAGGACUUAUCCGGCAUCUUUUCGCAGGUUAUUGUUCAAACAGAAUGGAGAGCGCGCAGAAUGGGAAUACCCAUUUGCUGUGGCUGGAAUUAAUGUGUCAUUUAUGUUAAUCCAAAUGUUGGAUUUGAACUCGGGUAAGCUACUGUCACUUGCUCAUCAAAACUUUAUGUUUCUAACAACUGUAGAAGAUGAAACGGCUUUUGACGUCCUGUUCUGCAUGACUUUCCAACUUAUGGAUGCUCAAUGGCUCGCUAUGCAAGCUUCUUACAUGGAGUUCAACGAGGUUCUUGAAGCAACAAAGCAACAAUUAGAAAGGGAGCUAGAUAUAGAAGAUGUUCAUCGGAUAAUAGACUUGCCGGCAUACCUCCUAUUGUAUCAAUAACAUUGAAUAUUGUAACACUACACAUGUGAGGUUCGAAAGAAAAUGCACAAGAGAAACUAGAAGAAACAUCCUAAUAUACGUAACCUAUAUUUAAGAGAUUUUUCAAAUUUAAGUAGCUUUUAUACGAACAGAGACUAUUAUAAGUACUAGGUGGCGAUGCCGCGUCUUGGCGCGGGGAAGAUGGCGUAUGUGCAUGUAUUAUGUGAUUUGUUAAUUGUUAUGAUGUUUUAGUAUUAUUAGUCUAAAUUAAUUUUUUGUUAGCA